AUGUCAAGGAGACAGUUGGCCUACGCCCCGACGCCAUACUCAUACACUCCAACAUCCAAUCUAUCAGCUACAAUAAACCUGGAUGAGGAAGUCAAGUUGUCCACCACAAGUGCGGAACGAGACCUAUACGAGUCUCUCGCGGAGGUGUAUAGCAUCAUCGUCACUCUAGAUGCCUUGGAGAGAGCCUAUCUAAAAGACUCAGUGACUGAUGCUGAGUACACGGAGACGUGUAACCGUCUACUCAAGCAGUAUAAGUCCAACUUGUCCGAUGAGACGGUAUCCAAAGCGUUCGUGGAUCUUGAAACGUUCAAGGGUGCAUGGGAUAUCGAAUGCCCGCGAGCAACUGAACGGUUGCGAGUAGGCCUUCCAGCCACAGUCGAGCAUCCAUCCGCUCGACCAGCGACCCAAGGUAGCGAAGCCAAUGCGACCUUGGUUGUUGCAGCCACCGAGAACUUCAUCACGUUGCUCGAUGCCAUCAAAGUCGGCAUGGUCGAGAAAGACCUACUUCAUCCCCUCUUAGUCGACAUCAUUCAGGCGGUCAAUGAAGUCUCCGACAAAGAUUUCGACAACAAGGGCAAGAUCGUAGAAUGGCUUAUCACGCUCAACCAGAUGCGAGCGGCGGAAAAGCUCACGGAGGAUCAAGCCCGAGAGUUCUCGUUCGAUAUGAACCAGGCCUACAAUGGUUUCAAAACCACGCUUACCAGAAAAUGA